UCAAACGACGUCGUAUAAUACAACUUGUAGGCAUAUAAGGGCCCAAGCCCUAACACAUUUUCCCCAUUGCACUCAUUUUCCCGCCUCACGGUCACUCACUCACUCUCGAAGAAAUGGCCGACAAGAAAAAGCGCCGCCGUGCAGCCGCCGAUUCCGAUUCCGACUCGGAUACGCUUCAGUUCAAAUCGAAGCUGAAGCCCGACUCAAACAUCCUCCAGAUACUCAAAACCCUAAAAUCCUCCGCCGCCAACACCGCCGCUUCCGAAAAACCCCGACCACUCUCCGAACUCAACCUCGCCACCGCCUGCCGCGAAGUCGCGGAUCUCCCCCUCUCCUCCGUCCAAUCCACCAUCGAGUCGCUAGCCCUCUCACUCGCGCACUCAAUCCUCUCCGGCAACGGAUUCUCCUUCUCCGUCCCGUCACGCGCCGCCGCCAACCAGCUCUACGUCCCCGAGCUCGACCGGAUCGUCCUGAAGGACAAAUCCUCCAUUCGCCCCUUCGCCAACGUCUCCUCCGUCCGGAAAUCCACCAUCACCACCCGCAUAAUCCAGCUCAUCCACCAGCUAUGCCUGAAGAACAUCCACGUCACCAAACGUGACCUCUUCUACACUGACGUAAAGCUCUUCCAGGACCAAUCUCACUCCGACGCCAUACUCGACGACGUGUCCUGCAUCCUUGGCUGCACCAGAUCCAGCCUCAACGUCGUCGCCGCCGAGAAGGGGGUCGUCGUCGGCAGGUUAAUCUUCAGCGACAACGGAGAUAUGAUCGACUGCACGAAAAUGGGGAUGGGGGGAAAAGCAAUUCCCCCAAACAUAGACAGAGUCGGAGAUAUGCAGAGCGAUGCACUCUUCAUACUCCUCGUAGAGAAAGACGCUGCUUACAUGAGGCUAGCCGAAGAUAGAUUCUACAACAGAUUCCCCUGCAUAAUCGUGACCGCGAAAGGCCAGCCAGACGUCGCCACGAGGUUGUUCCUGAGGAAAAUGAAAAUGGAGCUGAAGCUUCCGGUUCUCGCCUUGGUGGACAGCGACCCGUACGGGUUGAAGAUCCUAUCCGUUUACGGGUGCGGGUCGAAGAACAUGUCGUACGACAGUGCGAAUCUGACGACACCUGAUAUAAAGUGGUUGGGGGUUAGGCCUAGCGAUCUCGAUAAGUAUAAUAUUCCGGAGCAGUGUAGAUUGCCUAUGACGGAGCAGGAUUUGAAGACUGGGAGGGAUUUGUUGGAGGAGGAUUUUGUGAAGAAGAAUCCGGGUUGGGUUGAGGAGUUGAAUCUGAUGGUGAAGUCGAAGCAGAAGGCUGAGAUUCAGGCGUUGAGUUCGUUCGGGUUUCAGUACCUUACCGAGGUUUAUCUGCCGUUGAAACUGCAGCAGCAGGAUUGGCUUUGAUGAUCUGUAAGGAUUCACUUUCAGGUAAUGUGUUUACAAAAAAGAUAUGUAUUGAUUUUGUAAGUCAUUUGAAAUGCUUGAAGGGUAGAAAAUUGCUUCUGUUGUGAAAUGGGAUGCACCAAUUUAAUCACUUCGUAUAAACGAGUCGAAAACGAACAAUUGGUUGUUCGAGCUUGUUUGAUCACCAAUUUAACCACUUCGUAUAAACGAGUCGAAACGAACACAUGGUUGUUCAAGCUUGUUUGAUCACCAAUUUAAUCAUUUCGUAUAAACGAGUCAAAACGAACACAUGGUUGUUCAAGCUUGUUUGAUCACCAAUUUAAUCACUUCGUAUAAACGAGUCGAAACGAAGACAUGGUUGUUC